AUGCCACUCAAUAUUGUCAUCGUUGGCGCUGGGUUUGCCGGCGUCUGGAGCGCUCUUUCAGCCAGGCGGCUCAUCUCCUUGCACCUCAACAAAGAUCCAGCCGCGGCCGAUAUCCAAGUGCUUCUCAUUGCGCCUGAGCCACAGCUGGUCCUGCGGCCUCGGCUCUACGAAUCGAACCCGGAAAGCCUCGUUUUCCCACUCACCGACCUCUUCAGCGCGACGGGGAUUCGCUUCAUCCAAGGCACAGUCGACGCUGUCCGUGUCGAGGAGAAGCACGUCUUGAUUGCCAGCCCCUCUGGUUCUACGUCAAUACAGCCCUAUGAUCGUUUGAUAUUCGCGGCCGGGAGCAGCUUGAUCCGGGCUCCUAUCCCCGGCCUGGACAACCACGCCUUCAAUGUUAACCAAUUGGGUUCCGCCAUCAAGUUGGAAAACCACCUGCAAAGCCUCAAGUCAAAACCUCCCAGCAAGGCUCGAAACACCGUCAUUGUAUGCGGGGCAGGCUUUACGGGCAUCGAGCUUGCAACGGAGAUGACACGGCGGCUUCAGUCCAUCUUGGGCAAGGAUACCGAUGCCAAAGUCGUGCUUGUCUCGCGGGGGGAUGAGGUUGGCGAUACCCUCGGACAGGGACCCCGCCACGUCAUUUCCCGAGCUCUUGGCCAGUUGGGAGUAGAGACGAAACUCGGGACAACCAUCACCGCCAUCGACGCUCUUGGCAUCACGACCCAAGCAGGGGAGCGUCUUGAAGCCAUGACCGUUGUCUGGACGGCCGGCGUAGCAGCCACGGAGCUCUCAAAGCAGAUUCCGGGGGACAAGGACGCACUGGGCCGCCUACGCGUCGACCAAGAUCUUCGCAUGCCGUCGAACAAGGACAUCUUCGUAGCAGGUGACUCGGCUUGUGCCCCGACAGGUGACUAUAGCCACGACGCCCUCAUGUCAUGUCAACACGCCAUACCGAUGGGCCGAGCAGCGGGCUACAACGCCGCAGCAGAUCUUCUCAACCUGCCAACCGCGCCAUACUACCAACCAACAUAUGUCACAUGUCUUGAUCUCGGCCCGUAUGGAGCCGUUCUCACUCAAGGCUGGGAGCGCAAGGUGGUGUUUUCUGGGACAAUAGCCAAGAAGAUCAAGACGUACGUCAACGGAACUCUGAUAUACCCUCCAGGGCCAGCUGAUCCGGCCAAGGCGCUUGCUGCCGGAAAUCCAGCGAUUGAAUCGGCUACCGCGCAGCAGCUCCAGGGCAAAGCUCUAUCACUCGUCAGUUUCUUUACCUCUAGGUUCCUGUAG